AAAGCUUCGUUACUGUCAUUCCAUUUCUGAAGAGAUAAAGGGAAAAUUUCCAGCCUUGUCACUGCUUUGCUCAGGAAGGCUGUGGGCAGCAGCUGUAAUGAAAGUCCUCUGUGGAUGUAAAUGGUUUUAUUGCUGUACAUCCAGGGCAAAUUUGAUAUGUCUGUUGUUUGUUUGGGGUUUUUUUAUUAGAAAUAAUUGGGCCAAGUAGGCAUAGGUUUAUCACAUUUAUCUUUGGAAAUAGUCUCAGAUCAAAAGAAUGGAUUUGGUGCAUGAUCAUUAUGUGGAGCUGAGAGUUACAUGACUUUAUCCACUGGGAGGCUAAAUACAUGCAUACUUAAACUAGAGAAAUUAAAUGUGAAAAACAGUGUAACUGUGGAAGAACAGGCAUUACUCUGCAGUACUUAAGAGUUAACAGUGUGUCCGUACUGAUAGAUUGUUAGCUAUCAAUUUCCAUCCUAGGUCCUCAAUACGUCUGAAAUCAGGCUUUCACUGCAAUAAUCUUGGGAAUUGGGAGACUUUGUCAGCUCAUUUGGUGACAUGUGUCACCUCAGACACGUUACCAACACAAAUCCCAGAAUUUGGCCUAAUGCUGAUUUUUUUUUUUUCUUUUGUGCUUCGUGAAACAAUCUUACUUCAAAACAGUGGCCAUGAUAUAUUUUAAAGACGAUUAAUAGAGGAAUGCUGUUCCUGGUACUUCUGUCUUCACAGAACACAGUGACAUCUUGUGGCAAGUGAAGGGAUAGUGUCAUUUUUUCCAGCUGCAUCCUAAUUUCAGCCGGUUUACAGAUGAAAGUCUAAAUAAAUUGUGGACAACUGCUAAUGCAUUACUUUCGUCUGUAAAAUCACUCUUUCCGAAUUCUAUUUUAAGUACAGGUUUGUUUUAAGUACUUUUUAGUAGUGAAAAAGACCGAGCCUUGGCUUCUACCAUGUUGCAAAUGUAGGGUAUUGGAGUUUAUCACUGCAGCUCGCCGACAUUCUUUGGAAAACUUUCAGCUCCAGGAGUGUUGCUGUCCCAGUCUUGCUGAUAUAAGAGUCUGAGAGUUAGCAUUUCAAACGCUUUACUUAAGUUAGCAUAUUUUCACAGAUGGCCAAAACUGACAGAUUGCUUUUGGUGGGAAUGAAAAGAAAACAGAGUAACUUUUUAUUAUAAGGGAGACACUCUUCUUUUUUAUUAUCUUUUUUUUUUAAUCUUUUUUUUUUAACCUGAAACUAUUUUUUUGUCUUUUUACAGACAAAGCAGCGUUUAAGCCCUGUCCCUGAUAUUUUGGGACCCUCCCCUGACAUGGCUGUCCUUUGCAAGUUGAUACUUGGAUAAGAUCCUAGUUGUCAUCAUGAAAGGAAAAACUGCACGCUGUGAUUGGAAAUCUGCACCCCAAAAGAAGCCCUCUCCCUGUGAUCGAUAUAAACACGCUUGCAUUAUUUGCAGAGGAUUUGUUUAUCUCUAUGGAGGGCGGAACACCACCAGUCUUAGGGAUUUUUGGCGAUACGACAUAGUGAAAAAUGAAUGGGAAAUGCUGGAUUGCUCAAGAGAUGGUCCAGAAGAACUGGAAGAACAUUCAAUGGUGGCUUAUAAGGGCACCCUGUAUAUUUUUGGUGGGAUGGUGGACUCUGCUUUCACGCAAGCAAAAUCUCCUCUCUGGAUAUAUGACAUUGAUUCUGCAAGAUGGACAGAGUGCCGUAACGUACCAGCAGAGACUGAGAGCUCAGCACCAGCUAACAGAAAAGGUCACAGUGCAGUAGUGUACCAUUCCAGCAUGUACAUCUACGGGGGAUACUUCGGCAUCAGAGGCGUUUCACGGGAGUUUUGGACUUUCCAUUUUGAUACAAGAAAAUGGUUGUGUGUUACCACCCCAUCUCACAAUACUGGCCCAGGACCCCGGCAUGGCCAUUCAGCAGUGGUUUAUCAUACAGGCAUGUACCUCUUUGGAGGACUGAUGGGGCUGAGUGAACAGAAGGACUUAUGGAAGUGGGAUUUCGUAAGCAGCAGCUGGUCCAACAUCAGAACAAGCCAAGGACCUCCUCCAGUGGUAGGUCAUGCUUCAAUAGUCUUCAAAGACUCUAUGCUGAUUUUUGGUGGAGGGAUUUCAAAUUCCAGUCCUAAUGAUGACCUCUGGAAGUAUCAUUUCCAUACGCAGACAUGGAAGAAGCUUAGUAGUACUACAAAGGCAAACUUUUCUCCUAAAAUGUAUCACUGCAUCUUAGGAAUUGGUGUUGAUUUCCAAACUACCUCAGAUUUCACUAAUACAUUCCCCAGCCGCUGGAAGAGUAAGCAGAAAGACCAUCACCAGCUGGUGACCAUCCCGAAGCACACUCACUUUUGUAGCUACUUCCGUCAACAGCCUGCAUACCGAGCGUUCAGCAACGAGGAAAGCAAUGCAAUUGAAAUGAAAACCUUUAGCUUGCCUCUGGAGCCAGGGGGCUUUUGUGCAUUUCAGACCACUUCAGAGGCAGAACUAGACUCAAACAGAGCAACGAACAUUUUGUCAAAGGACAAGACUCUCCGUCUGUUUGUCUCUUCAGAAAAAGAGACCUUUGCUGCUGCUCAGAUUGAGGGAGAAGAGGAGGGAACCGACUGUCAGCACACGACUGCGGUAGGUGAAGUUAGCAGUGAUACCAAUGUGCUGCUGCUCAUUGGGGGUAAACCUUUGUCCAGCUUCUCCGAGAUCUCAUUCUGGCAAAUGGAGUUUGAUAGCUUGUGAUCACUUCGAUUGCAAAGCGAAAGAAUAAAUUUCCACCAACGUGCCAGUAGGUGGUAAACCAACUGCUUGCAACUGUCUUCAGUUUCCUGUCAGCGCACUGGGAAAAAAAAAUUAAACCUUCUUGUACUUGCUGUGAACAGAUUUUUUUACAAUGUGACCAAAACCUGACAUAUAUUUAAGUCACAACUUGCAUGUAAGUUGCAAUUUCUGAGAGGAGCUUGUUGGAAUGCUGCUCUUUUUGUUACUUUUUCUUCUGGUCAGUCAAUAUCCUUUCAAAUUGCAGUGGCUGACGCUGCCUUGAAAGUCUGAACUACAGGUAACCUCUACUGGCUCCAUAACUGCCUUUUCAGGUGCAAAGCUUACCCAUUUUGCGCUAAGAAAUAAAUACGCACCCAUAAAACUGCAUUUGAAUCAAGUUUGUGCAUGUUACGGUCACAUCUGAGGGAUUUGAUGAAUCUUAAUGGCAACAUUUUCAAUGACUGUUAAGAUUUUAUUUUCCUGAAAGUGUUUGCAACGUGAGAUGGCCUAUAACAAAGAAGAAACCCAACAGACGAAUUAGCAAGUGAAAUCUGUAAGAUUCAAAGAUUGCAUCUAACCCUGAGGAAGUGAAACCACAAGUCCCCCCUGAAAAUCAUGUGCAGCAUUAGACCAGAGGAAGUGCAUUACACCUGGAAGAACAAAAUAGUUGCCCAGUAAAUGCUAGGUUUAAUGACUGAGCACAGGAUCAAAAGGAUUUGACUUUCUGUUGGAAAAAGAAAGAGGAAGGCUUGACAGGAGCAGCACAAAACAUAAGCUGACUGGUAACUCAGAUUUUAGUCACAAAGGGAUUUCUGCUUUUCCAACUCCAUCUCUCUCUGUUUUGUCAACACAUGUAGUAUAUUUUACACACUUCCCCUCUAUACUAGUAAAUCCUGAGUUCAUCCAUGGUUUUUCUUUGUUGAAAAGAAAAAGUGCUUUUUUUUUGAAAGAUAAUAUUGUCCAGUGUUUCAAGCAUUUAUUUCCACAGAAGUUACUAAGAUACUGGCCUUCUGACUGAAAUUCAGCCAUCUGUAAGAAGAGAUGCCAAUGUUUGAAACUACUGGAAAGUGUCAUUUAAUACUUCUGAAUAUUGGAAAAGAUCACUUUUCAAAAGUUUCAUAGGAAUAAUGAAUUUUAAGUGAGAGUAUUUACUGAUACUUUCAUCAUCUCUUCACAAGUAGCUGUAACAUGAAUUCAACAGGAAAAUUAUAGAUGAGUUUGCAAAAAGCUACUUAAGAGUUAUUUGGACUUUCCGUGACCUUUGUUUGGAAACAGAGAGGAUUGUAUGCUGCCGUAUGAAUAAAGCCUGCUGCAUUUCAUA